GCUGUAAGCUAGGGGGCCAGCCUCCACUGGGGUUGAAUGGUUGAAAAGUUUAGAUGGAUGAGUGUUAAGGCUGUCCUGCUGUUGUUCACUUUCACUUCGGGCCGUGUGAGGGAUGCUGAAGGGGGAGGGAGGAAUGAGGGAGUGAGGGAAUCAUCGGACAACACAUCUCAGUGAGCGCAUGAACACGCACUGAGAGGCAGCAGCAGCUACAGUUUUCCUACACGCACAGUUUCCCUCAGAGAAAACUCAAUGGCCAGGUUCAGUCCCUUGCAGGUGUGCUGCUUUAUUUCCGCAGGGUUAAUCUGCGUCAUUGCUGUCGUCUGUUUCUGCACUUUGUUGUUUGUGGACAGAGGAUGUCCGAGAGGCAGCUACAAACACGCAGCUGUGGCCGCAGACUCUUUACAGUGCUCCCAGAUUGGCAGGUAAGACACUUUUUUUUGCUCUUUCUUACUUGUAAAAAGUUUGAUCCAAUCGGGAGAAAUUAAUGCCGAAUUUGUCUUAAGUUUUAAAUGAACACGUAAAAACCAAGACUUCAGUCAUUCGAGGCUCCAGAGGCUAUCUGCUCCUGUGGCUGGGAUAAAACAGCUGAACCGAGCAAUGGGAUAAGCUCUUUAAGAGAUUUGACAGGCUCUGUUUGAAGAAUGAAGAUAAUACCUGCAUAAAUGUGCGCAGACAGGCUCUGAUUCUCCUCACCUCAUGUUGUUUUUUUUUCCACACUCUGUUGUUUGACACUGUUGUGAGAUUUCCAAAGCCACUCACUGAUGUUUAUCUCUUUAAUGUGGAGUGACUCGACUCUCUCUUUGAUGCAGUCAUUGUUCGGGGCAAGCCAAAGGGUGAACUCCAUUAAUCUUUCAAUGUGUUGGCUCUAAAUAUAGGAGAAAGGUGUUGGUUUUUUUUCUCGGUAGGAAUGUGCAUUUCACUCUUCCGGCUUUUGUAUUCAGGUGCAGACAGGGUUUCUUUCCUUUCCUGUGGUGUGCCAAGAUGUGCGGCAGUAGAUCAUUUCCUCACUACAAAGACAAUGAGACCAUGACAAUGAGCGCUGUGAAGCAACAGGCACUGGUUUAUCGGAUGAGAGGAUCUUUAAGGACAGACUUUGAUUUUGAUGAAGUCAGUGAUGAAAUCUGUUGACUGAACAUCUUCACAGUGAAAGCUAAUAAUAGAAGGAGUACAGAAGAGUUCAUUCUAGUCUAGAUGAGGUAAAAAGACACAAUGAACAGACUCUUUUGCACAUCUUUUUCUUGAUAUUUUGUCAACUUGCAGACGAAUCUCCACAUGCUUCUCUGUUGUUUAUCAUUAUAUUAUUUUAUGAAUAUUUCGAGAAGGCAGCUAACCGUAUGCAGCGCUUCAAAACAAUUCUCUAUGUGGAAAAUCAAGUGUAUCUUACUAUUUAGUAUGCAUAACAUUCACACCUUGUCACAUAGGGUACUGUAUUGCAUACUCAUGUUAUCUAUAUUGUAUUGCAUGGCAUCCAUAUUGUGGCAUCAUAUUGUUGUAUUGCGUCAUAUCACACCAUAUUAUAUCCUAUUCUGUUGUAUUGUAUUAUAUCAUAGUGUAUCAAACUUUACCCUAAAGAUAGAUAGAUAGAUAGAUAGAUAGAUAGAUAGAUAGAUAGAUAGAUAGCUUUUCUCACCUUGAGCUUUACAUACACUGACAGAUCUUUUACUCAACUCAACUCAAACUUUAUUUAUAGAGCACUUUAAAAACAACCGAAGCUGACCAAAGUGCUGUACAGGUCAAUAAGGCACAGCAAAAUACAUAAAACGGACAGUAAACAAUAUGAUAAUAAAAAAAACACAGAAUACAAGAUUAAAAUACAGCAAUGUAAAAUUGAGUUACAAAUACACCAUAAAUAAAAACGAAUAUAAAAUAUGUAAGUAGAUAAAAAAAGAAGGAUAAAAUCCUUCUUUGUAAGUUUUUAAAGGCCUACUUCAAUCACUAAACCCCUUCAAUAGGAUAUCGCUUAACUACAACUUUAUAAGGACAUCAUUCUAACAUCUACUAUUACUCUGUUUAAUCAGCCUACAUGAGACUCCUUAUUAAAUCCAUGAUUAAAUUUGCGUUGGUCAAUCUACCGUCUCAGACUAUUUCCUUAGUUAAACUCAUUACACUACAAAAGCUCUGACCUUAGUGGAGCCAGAACAUUCUUACUCCUUCUUUUUCAAUGAAUGCUUCAGACCUCAUGCCAGCAUCUUGUUUGAAAGGAGCCAUUCAGGGUCCUUAGAGACCACUAAGAUUAAGCUUCCAGGUUCUGUUGUGGUGCAUAAUUAGAUUUGAUUCGCCUAAUUUAAACCAACCAGUUGUAAAUCUUUCAUUUAGACAGACUACCUCAAGAAUCAUGCACAAAAAAAAGAAAAGGUCUACCAUGGCCAGCGACUUCUUGGUAUGUUGCCUGAAGUCUCAAGCAUCGGCAUGUAGUUUAAACUUGCCUUUUGGCAGGCAGCACCCUGAUACUCUGACUCUUUAGAGGUCUGCAACAUGCAGUAAUAAGAAAAAGGCACAUGAGAGAGUGUGGGUGGUGAGUCUUUAAUGACUGUGUUCCCAUAAAUCUAAUGAAAAAUGUCUGUCUUACAGGCACAUGCUGCAAAUGGGGGGGUCGGCAGUAGAUGGCGCCAUUGCAGCUCUUCUGUGCACAUCUGUGAUCAAUCCUCAAAGCAUGGGGAUCGGGGGAGGCUCUAUUUUCACAAUAAGAGAUAAAACAGGUGAGUCUUUCUGUUUACAUGGUGAUGAUAGUGAAGUGUUUACAAAAAUUCUGAUUAUGGAUCUUUUUUUUUUUCAGGAAAAGUUAAAGUUUUCAACUUCAGAGAGACGGUCCCAAAGUCUUUCAAGAAGAACUUAUUGGACGAGUGUCCAACUACAUUCAAAAUGACCACAGGUAGGCAGAACUGUCCACAGAGAGCACAGAAGCUUGUAAUAUAGGUUUCUUGUUCAUAACUUUCCAUAUAGUAAAUGUAAUGCUAAAUGCUUUUUGAAUAAUUCCUUACAAACACAUGAUGUGGUGCAUCUAUGGCUAUUUUCUCUAUUAUUUGUGGUGUUUUCUCUCAGUCAAGAUGAAUUACAUUUUCAUUUCUGUGCUUGUUGUGAACAAGCACUCAUCCUUGCUGUAUUGCUCCUCCCUUGUUUUCAUCUUUUAGUGGAGUUUAGAGUAUUUGUUUCCAUUGUUUCUCCAAUGCUGCACUCUCUCCCUCCUGCACAAUUCAGGCACACAGUGGAUUGGUGUUCCUGGAGAGCUGCGAGGCUAUGAGGAGGUUCACAAAAAGUAUGGGAAGCUGCCGUGGGCCAAGCUGUUUGAGCCGACCAUUAAACUGGCCAGGGAGGGCAUCCCUUUGCCUCAAUUUAUGGAAUUCCUCCUAAGCAUUCCCCUUGCAAAAAAACACGUGGAAAGCUCCUCUCUCUGGUACAGGAUCUUAUUCACUGUUCAAACAUUUCUGAGGACGAUAAUGAUCAAAGAGGGUUUGUGUAGUCCCUUUUGUAGAGCUGUGUAGCGUGUGGAAUUCAUGGGUAAAAGAAAACUCCUAAAAAAUCUGCGCCCGUAAUUCUAAAGAUUUUGUGAAUCUUCUCUUAAGAGCUAGGAUUCUCUAGGAAUAGCUUUUCUAGGAUCUACUGUUUACUAUUAGGAGAAAUUGUCAGAACACAUCAUGAUUCUAAGAAUUUUCUUUUGGCCACUAAGACUCUUUGGAAAUACGGCCCCUGGUUUACAUCCUUUCAAAUCAUUACCAGCAAGCUAGCAAAUCAUUUUGCUUGUUUUAUGUAACCACUGGGUUAACCUUUGACCCUGAAGGGUUUCAGAUUACACAACAGUUCUCCCCAAUGACAGGCUGAUUUGAACACCUUUUCGGAUAACAGGAAAUGAUGGUCCGACCACAAUGGCACAUGUAUGCCCGGGCUGCUGACCCGGCGUAACAGCAGUAUCUUCAAAACUGUCUCUUCUUGCCUUCCUUUUUCAUUAAAGUUGCAAGUAAAAAAGCUAGUUAGGAGAUAGAUUUGUUCAGAAAAACCUGUAUUUACCUGGAAACUAUUUACUUAUGAUUGUGGAAAAGCAUUGAGAAGCAUGAUGUAACUUUUAAAACCCAUGAAAAAGUAAAUACAUGUGGGAAAAAAAUCAGUUUAACUCUAUUUUGAAAUGUUCUAAUAUAUCCUUUUACAUGCGUAUGUUUCAGUGAAGUUUUCUGCAAUAAAAACAAAACAGUGUUGAAGAAAGGAGACAUCCUGAAGUUUACGAAACUUGCAGAAAGCCUGGAAAUGAUAGCAGCACAAGGUGCAGAUGCCUUCUACACUGGCAAGAUAGGACAUGACUUAAUCCAAGACUUGAAAGCUGCAGGUCAGUACUUUGCCAAAGCAGACAGAGUAAGAUAAAGGGCUCUAUUUUGGUGCUUCGCCGGAGAUCUGCCGCAAGCGCAGCGUCAAUCAGAUCCGCCGCGCUGACAAGGCGUUCCCAAGCACAUUUUGGUAUUUUGGUGAGCCGCGCAGCCCGGCGUAAGUAUCCCCCCUCCCUAACUCAGCUCCUCCCGGCAGCAUAAAUCAUAGAAGGGGAGGAGAGAGUGCGUAUAGGGGUUUAACACAGCCGAGACCUGUUUUCACCAAUCACAUAGGCUCCUUUCCUUGCCUUUAAAUCCGCCACAGGCGAGGCGUAUUACUAUUUUCAUGAAGUAGUCAAAGAGAUCAAGAGAUGUCUUAAGACAGUAAUGCCACAAGAUGGCGACAGAGGGCAGCUCCUCAACAAGUGUCCUCCACACUCUCUCAUAUGAGCACAGAUGGAUUUAGUGUGCGUAAUGUUGGACCCACUGGUAAGACAAACACCCGUUUCCACAAAUAAAGACACUCACAAAAAGUUGCUCAUAUUCAAACCUCACGUGACAAAGGUCGGUUGAGCGCACAGAUCACAACAUAAACUCCAAAAAUGGCAUAAAAAUCGGAACCAUCUGUGCGUAAAUGACGCAUCGCGCUCCGUGGCCUGGCUCUUUCUUUCAUAGAUGUUGGCAUAUAAAAUAAAUUUGGCUCACAAAACUGAAUAUUAUGAUAUCCGUAUGUCGGCUUAAAGUAGAUAACGCAUCUGAGCACUGAAACAAAUAAUCUGUUCAGCCGCAGCAGCAAGCAAGACGGACAGAGGACACGGAGACGUGUCCAGGUCGAGCUGUGCGAGAAAUAAGAGGAAGAGGAAGAAAGAAAAGGAGGGAGACGAAUUACAUAUCGAGUUAACUUCAUCAUGUGUGAAUAUUUACUAGAUAUUUAAUUUAAUUUGAUGCGGUUUCAGCUGUGUUGAUUCGGUCAGGUUGUGUGUCCAAACGCGUGCCAAACGCGCUCAUCAGAUCAAAUAUAGAUCAGAAUAUAUCUAUAUAGAUCCAAAUAUAUGUGCUGACUCACAUUAAUAGUUGAUGAUGAUUAUUUAUUGCACUAAAAUGUGCCUGACACUGUGGAAACCUGCCGGUGAGGCAUCAGUGACGUAUGUCGAUACGCCGCCGGUCUACCAAAAUACUACUGGACCAGCUGCGUUCCGCCUUGCGCUGAAAGCUGACCAGGUUUGAAUCGGCGAGCUUUCAGCGCACUUUACACGCCGGUGGCGAGCACGAAAAUGUCACUGCGCCUGCUGAUUCUGUCGACACCGCCCCCUGCCACACCACCACGCCCAGCUUGGCGGAUCUCGGCUCGCCUCCGUGCGGCUCAUGCCACGAAAAUACAAAAUUGGCCUUACGCUGGGCUCCGCCAGACGAAAAUACAACUGCGCGGGGCUCGCCGCCCUCCGCCGCCUCACCGGCGCGAACGAAAAUAGAGCCCAAAGUGUCAUGCUGAGUUAAACAGAAAAAAAACUUAAGUGCGAAGGAGAAACUGUUUAUGAAUGCUACAUGUUACUCUCAGAUGGGAAUUUGGAAAUGGAGGAUCUAAAGUCCUACAAGGUGCGGGUGCAGGAUGCAUGGACGGUUCCUUUUGGAGACACCCAGAUGCACUUUGCUCCACCGCCUGCUGGGGGCGCUCUGCUGGCUUUCAUCCUCAAAGUAUUAGAAGGUUUGAUGCUCUUUGUAAUGUCCUGGGCUUGAAUUCAUGCAGUUUUGUCCUGCAUAAUGAUUCAGUCAACACAAAAGGUUGUAGAUCUUAAAACUAAGUUGUUUUUUAAUUCUUUGUCUAUGAAGGAUUCCACCUGACUCCAGACUCUUUCCAUGGUGAAAAGAAGAUACAGACGUACCAUCGUUUUAUAGAGGCAGCUAAAUUUGCAAAUGGACAGAAGAGAUUCAUCCGGGAUCCUGUCUUCAAUGACAUAAAGGUUCAGAUAAGAUAUAUUUCUAUCCUCCAAACUACAUUUUAGCAUCUUUUAGCUCUUUGUUUUGGUUCAACACUCGAUUUAAAGUUUAAAUUCAAGGUUAAAUGGACAAACUUUGUGUGGAAAUGGAAAUUGGACUUUUUAUCGAUUAAUCAAGCAAUAAAUAUUUUAAAAAACAGCAGAGAAAGUAAGCCAAGUCAAUAAAUGAAGAGUUCAUCAUUUGUAGAGAUAUGUGUAUGUGGCCUUUUGUAAGCUGAGGACGUUUGUGAAAUUUGAAGCUACUGCAGCAGCGGGCUAACUGAACGUAACACAGGCUUAAAAAACAGAGAAAAUGAGCUAACAAGAUUCUGUCUCAAUGUUACAAAAUCCAAAUUCAGAGAUCCACCUCCACAUUCAUCAUAUCUGGUAAUAAACAAAGACUGUGAGAUGAUACAUGGUUUUACAUUUUUGACCAAACUCACAACAGACCAGUGCCUGAAGUCUGGGCUGGUUGUGUGAUAAAUGUUGCCCUCUGAGAAUUGCAGCAGUCUGGCUGCAGGUUGUAAAUUUUCCCAAAUAUCAUGUUGCAACAACAACAACAACAAAAAAGAGCUCCCAAUGUGGUUACACUUUAAAUGAGGCCUGUCUCUGUGUAUACUUACAACAUCAUCAUGUCCCUGUAGUGCUUUUUAAUCAUAGUAAUAAGCUGUUAUGGUUGUUUAUACUCCUUUAUACUCUGUGCGUAACUCAGUGUGAUGCCAGUGAACUUGUCAUUCUAUAAUUGUUUCAAUAAGGAAAUGGAUUGUUGAUCACCAAAAAGUUUAAAAAAGUGGAAGAAAUAAUCAUUUCUUGCAUUUAUUAAUCAAAUAUGUUACUUUAAAGUCAUUAUAUAAUGUUAGAUGCUGUUUGAUAAGAGUUGUUUUAAAUACUGAUGAAUGCCUACAGCAGUACAACACAUUAUCAUGAGUAUGUUUAUCAUUCCUUAUAAACACUUACAGUUUUAAGAAAUUGUGCGUUACGGUGACAUGUUACUUGAUAUGAAUCUAAUAUCACGCAUUUAAACACGUGAGACGUUGGUCAUAUUUCACAGAAACUCUAAGAUAGAGUUUUUUUGGGUGAGAGACAUGGUGGUAUAAAUCUUCCAAUGUUUUUCUUGGCAAGAAAGCAGUCGUAUCUAUUUCCCAACAUGUUGAACUUUUUCUUCUGACUUUAAUGAUGGCAGCGUCCCUGUUACAAAUCAAGCUGUGUUUUAUGUCAUACUCCCCCGAUCUCUCCUCAUGCUUCAUGUCCUUAUAAACACCCCAAGCUGGGCUAAAAGUUUGCAAAACAGGAAAGUUAGAGAGAAGGAAGAUGAAAGACCAUUUCCUCAAAACUAUACAGAGAGGCCAUUGGGGCGGAUUGGCAGCCAACCACUGCAGUAGUUUACCAUCACCAAUGUGUGACUGUGUGAGGGAAUGAAUAUUGUAUCCACUGUAAAGCGCUUUAAAAACUGAUGCAUUAAUUUUAUUAUUAGAAUAUUGUUAAUUCCUCAUUCUGGCUAAUUUUUGUCUUUUUUUCCUAAUUGUAGAUCGCCAAACAUUUGAUAGAUCCAGCCUUCAUUAAUAAGAUCAGACACAUGAUCGUGUCCAACCGCACACAUGACAACUCCUACUACUCCAAUCUCAGACCCUCAGCUGAUCACUACGGGACGACACAUGUGGCCGUGCUGGAUGAGGAUGGACUAGCCGUCUCUGCUACCAGUACUAUAAACCAUCUGUGAGCAGGAAGCCUUUUUCAAAAUUAAAGUUUCUCAUUAACCAAAUACCAAGUCAAAUAUAUAAAAUGGUGACAUUUAUUGCUAAGGCGUCUGUGUUUUUUUUCAGGUUUGGAGGUGCCGUUUACUCAUCACGUACAGGCAUCAUCCUCAACAAUGAGCUAUCUGACUUUUGUAAGAGAGCCGACUCAUUGUCAGCAGGUAAAGUUGCAAAAAUUAAUGUAACCUUCUGAAAUAAGACGACUCUGUGAAGGACGUCCUCCGUCUCUUUUCAGUCACAGAUUUUUCAUUUUUGACACAGGGGAGCAGCCUCCUUCCUCAAUGACUCCAGUUAUACUAGAGUCCAAGUCUGGAGGUCUCCUUGUGAUUGGUGGAUCUGGCGGGAGCAUGAUCACAGCUGCAGUGGCCUUGGUGACCAAACUGAAAUUUGUUUGCUCUUUCUCUUCGUCUUAAAUUCUUAAACUGCUUUCUUAUAUGACUCUCUUUUACUCUCACAGUCAAUGAUGAACCGCCUGUGGCUGGGAAUGAAUCUCACAGAUGCCAUUGCUGCACCUAUAGUGUUUAUCGACUCCGAGAAUAAAUUAAAUUUUGAGAGGUUUGGGAAAAUUGAAAGGUUUGACCAGGUGAGGAGCACAAAUGAUCAUUUCACUCACCAUUAAUGAUGCUAAAAUUUGCCACACCGUGAUGACUAACAAUAUGUUAAUGGAUUCUGAUGAAGAUUACCGGGACAUAAUCCCCCAAAGUCACAUUUAAUUUAGCAUUUAGUAGUCUGGAGUGCAAAGGAUAAGUGAUGUUAAUUCAGGGUUUUAUUGUGUCCUCAGACUGUGAGGGAUGGCCUCGUAGCUCUCGGACACAAACUCGGGAACGCACAGUUCUUCGUCAACGUUGUAAAUGCUGUGGAAAAGGAGAACGGAUGCAUUGUGGCCGUGUCUGACAGCAGGAAGAUGGGGAUGUCAGCUGGUUACUGACCAAACAUUGGUGAGGAGGAUCCAGCUUCCUAUUUCAAUCCCUCCUAGAGACUGACUGAACCUUUAGCCUUAAGAAAGAACUAUAAAUGUGAAAUAUCUGACAGUAAAAUGUUGGAAAGUUGGUGCUCAAUCACCAUCCCCAUGAGCAACUCAAACAAUCGGAAAAUUGUGAAUGUGAAACAUAGUGAAUGUGUUGUAUACAAGUUAAUUUUACUUAUAUAGAUCUUUGGAGAAAACAGAUACAAUUAUUUUCCUAACUUCUGUUGUUGAAUGUAGCCGGGGCAUGUCUAAGCAGGAAACCAGAGGUGGCUCUCCCCCCCAACUCAAAAAGUCCCCACAUUGUCCAGCAUUAUAAAUCAAGUAUUUGGACUAGUUUGUAACAGGCUGGCAAUAUUUUUCUUUAUUUUUUAAUGUAGCACUUUUUUGGGAAGGCCUCCAUUGUAAUGAAAGACAAAUAUAUCUUUUUUUAAAAAUCAAGCUAAGAAGAUUUAUGUGUCAUCACUCUGUUGUGUUGAUUUUUAAUAUCGAUAUUCAUAGACAGGAAUAUAAUUCUAGCAUUUGCUUUUCAAUACACCUCCCUUUGUCCAUCAUGGAAUGGCAUCUGAUGGUUAAUCUCUGAAUAAGCAAGCUUGUAAGAGGAGCUAAUCUUGUAUUAUUUUGUCAAAGCUAUUUUUUGUAUGUAAAACAAACCUUUUGUAAACUUUUUUUUUAAUCCGAUAACUGAGGUUCUUAUACUCUGUUACUGAGAUAACGAGCUCGAAUGGACUUACACUUUGAGCUGAUCACUUUAGCUGAACACAUUUUAAGUUCAACCCGUCGUUAGCGCACACAUAAUGUUAUAACUCGUGAAAUAUGAAUACGCACAGUUAAUGAUAAUUUUACUGCUGAGAUCUAUUCUAUGUACAAAAGAUUUUCUGACAUUUUUUUUGUGACGUGUUUCUGCAGAAUGAGCCAUAAAAGCAAACCUACUGUUUGUCAGAAACCAAAACCACUUUACAGUGCCAAGUGUUUUAAUACCAGUGAAACUUUUUAUUUAAAACUGACUUUAAAUUUUUUUUUUUUUUCACUAUAAAUGAGCGAUAUCUUUUUACCAUAGACUGUAUAUAAGAUGGACAGAGUCUGCCUCCUCGCUGGGUGAAGCCACUCCGAGAACAGCACCCUCUGAUGGUGGGCUGCAGUACAGGUCAAACUUUAGAAAUUUACGCAGAACAUACAUUUUUCUCCCCCCUGUUUGUGAUGUUGACAUGUAGUUAUUGUGAGACUGGUUUGUGCCCAAGUCCUUUUUUUUCUGUACAGCUCCGUUUUUACAAGUUAUUGGGGGGUUCAUGUUUUCUUAGAUUGACACCUGGUACAGCCUAUGGGCUUUUAGGGAUUGCGUAGCUCUCCUGGGGGGAUACGCUGUUUGAGCCGAGCGUCAUCACAGGGACUCUCGGCGACUGCGCAGCCGAAUGCGCGCAUCGCUACUGCGCAGCUCUGGUUUCAAGGAAGUGGAGAAAAACCCGGAAUUACUGAGAGCUUUUUGGCUUCAAAUCGGUAUACAGGCGGAAGGCGGAACCAGGUUGUCCAUCUUAUAUACAGUCUUUGCUUUUUACCUUUUUAAAGUCAGACCCUGAGUGACAUGUGAAAUUUACGCCCCUGCGAGGAUUUCUUGGGUGUUUGUGAAACGAGUCAAGAAACUGUAUCUAAAUAAUGACAUACAAAAAAAGCACAUUUCUCAAUGAGUGACAAAGGACUGUCAAAAGAAAAUGAGAUCAGAAAAGUGAUCAGAUGUAAAUGUUUGCCUUCAGGGGACACCAAAAUCGACAUCAACCAAAAGUUCAUUACAGCAGCUUUUAAACGGGAUACUGAGCCAUUUGUGUUUUUCUUGUCGCAUUGAGACUCCUUUGAAGAACUUUGUGGUUGUGUUGAAUUUGGUGGAUAAAAUAAGAAGAUUUGUCUUGUUACUGACCUUUUUUUAAAAGAUAAAUCUCAAUGUUCUCUAAUUUUGUUAUCCAACAUGCAACUCAUAAUGGAUCAUCAGCUUGGAAAAGUGAAAAUAAGUCUGUUUUGGAUGCAUGAUCUUGAUUGCUUUUGUAACGCCUAGAGAUUUUAAAAACUAUCUUAAAAAUAGUUUCUUUUUUGUACGGUAUGCAGCACUAAUCUUAAAUUAAGUCUGUAUUACCAGGUGAAAACUUAAGAAAAUUGUGUUGAUUUUAACAAGACAAAAAUCUGUUUACAAUUUACAAAAUUGAAAAAAAAUGUAUUUUUAUAUCACUUACAUGUGUUUUUGUAUUUUUCCACAUUUAAUAUGACUGUGUUUUAUAAAUCAAUUCCACAUUUUUACGGCAUUAACUGUAAAUUUCUAUGUUAUGAAAAUAAACAUCGAGUCCAACUAAA